AUGGCCGAUCCUGGAAACAGAGGAAGGAUCUACCACCCCUUGAGUCUCACCUGCUCCCUGCUCAUUGUGGGAAUGUGCUGUGUGUCUCCUUUCUUCUGUCAUAGCCAGACAGAUCUGCUGGCUCUUAACCAAGCUGAUCCUCAGUGCUGGGAAUCUUCUUCAGUGCUCCUCCUGGAAAUGUGGAAGCCUCGAAUCUCCAACACUGUUUCAGGUUUCUGGGAUUUUAUGAUCUACCUGAAGUCAUCUGAAAACUUGCAGCAUGGGGCAUUGUUUUGGGAUCUGGCCCAACUCUUCUGGGACAUCUAUGUGGACUGUGUUCUCUCCAGAAACCACGGCUUAGGAAGAAGACAAUUGACUGGAGAGGAAGUGAAGAUCUCAGCAGUGCAUCCACAGCACACAGGGAGAAAAAAAGAUGCCUAUUCUCAGCAACCAAGAACCCCUUCCUUAAAGAAGAAAGAGUUGAUUGAAGACUUGAUAAGCAUGCAUGUGCAUAGGAGCAGAUCGAAGUUCAUUGGAAAAGCAACCAGUGGCCUGGAAAUAAAGAGAAAAUAAAUCUAACCUCAGAGCUAUGCACAUCUUGGCAUUUAAACAAAUAUAUAUAUUUUUCUUGACUAUUGAUCCUUCGUUUACUUGAAAUGGUGGGAGUUUAAAAAGAUAAAUAUUAAGCCACAUUCUCUGAGAGUACUUAGCUUCAUUCUUUUAGGCUGCUAGCACGUUCCUCCAAAUGGUGCCACUGUUGUCAGAUCAUCCCACUGCCAGAGAGAGAGCACCUGUGCAUGCUAAGUUGCUUCAGUUUUGUCUGACUCUUUGCGACCCAAUGGACUGUAGCCCCCAGACUCCUCUAUCCAUGGGAUUCUCCAGGCAAGAAUACUAGAGGGGAUUGGAUGGGGCUACACAGAUUCUUUGUAUUCAUUUUGGUCAUUGUUUUGGGGUGCUUGACAUUGUUAAUGAACUAGAGUGCUAGACAUUUAAUUUGAAUACACUGCAUGGCUUCAAAGACAUCAAUCACUGAAUUGCUUAUGCACAGGCAUAUGAGACUAUACUUACUAAUUACCUGAAUUUUGUUUGAAAGAAUAUUUUUUAAUAUUUUGAACUGAGU